AUGAGAAAGAGGAAGACGAAAUUCUCAUCAGACAAGGAUAUGUCGAUGGCUGUUCUCGCUCUAGUCUCAGUUCUUUCUCUCAGUGUCCCCUCAGCAGCUGUCACUGAUCAGAUCAGGCUGGUGAAUGGGGACAGUCGGUGCUCAGGUCGAGUGGAGGUGUAUCUCCAUAACCGGUGGGGCACUGUGUGUGAUAAUGGUUGGGACAUAAGAGAUGCUGAGGUGGUGUGCAGACAGCUGGGGUGUGGCACUGCUGUUUGUGCCCCUGGAAAAGCCUUCUUUCAUGCAGGCAAAGACAGUAUUGAGAUGGUUGAUGUUGGAUGUUCUGGUACUGAGCAAUCUCUGACUCAGUGCUCCUACAAUACCAAACAACACUGUGGCCAUUAUGAGGAUUCAGGGGUGGUUUGUACUGAUGAAAAUCCCUUCAUCAUGCUCAGGAACUUAUACUCAACAGUCUCAGCUGGAGAAACUCUUCAGUUCAGAUGCAUCAGGAGUACAGACCAGUGUGCUGCCAACUUACUUCUAUACAGAAAUGGAGUUAAAGUGAAAUCACAGAAUAUUGAUUCCUACAGGUCGAGUGUUAUUUUUUAUCUGAAUAAUGUGGACUCCUCUCACCAGGGCAAUUACACAUGUGCCUACUCCUCCUUCUCUCCGCUAUCUACUCAUAGCAAUCCCAUUAGCAUCACUGUAGUUGAAGUACAGAAGCCAAGUCUUACAUUGGAAACCAGCCAAGAGGUUUCUUGGGGUCAGUCUGCCCAGAUGAGAUGCUCCAUCCCUUCACAGCACCUGGGCGAUACAUUUACCCUACAGCAACGCUCUGGGUCAUUUACAGAGAGAAUGAGAGCAAAUGGAACCUCGGUCCUCUUCACCAUUCCUCAAGUGGACUUUAUCCAUGAAGGAGUCUACUACUGCCAGUAUCGAACAAUGGUUUCCACACAUGGAUUCACAUCCCCCCAAAGUGACACUGUCAGACUUUCUGUAGUAGUGGUGCUUGUGCAGCCCAACAUCUCUCUCAGUGCCCCAGAUGGAGGGCUGUUCUGGGGUCCUCAGGGGCCAGAGGUGACCAGGGGCCACAGCCUCUCCCUCAUCUGCUCUACUGAGCCACAGCACCAAGGAGGCUCCUUCCACCUCAUCUUUGAUGGGUCUAACAGGACCAGGACUCAGCUCGCCGUCAACCACUCAGCCUCCUUCUACAUUCCUGAGGCAGACUACUCCCACCAGGGCAACUACAGCUGUGUCUAUGAGGUCACUGUGUCCAGCCGUACCUUCAAGUCAACACAGACAGCACCACUGACAGUCAUCAUAAGAGCAUCCCUGGCUCCCAUCAUUGCAUCUGGAGUGAUUUCAGGGUCGUUUCUACUUUUGAUUAUCCCUGCCAUCCUCUACUUGGUGAAGAAAAAGUGUUUGAAUGACACAGACAUGCCCAAAAUUCAGACGAACACUCUUGCACACAGUUCUGCAAACACAUAUGGAUUUCACAAUGAACCGGGUGGUUCACGUGAUGAAAUUGAGAACAUAUAUAUCUACGAAGACCCAAAAGAAAACAAUGUGAAUGUAGAAGAGCUGAAUGGCCCAACUGCCGUGGACAACAACUAUAAAGAGCUUGACGUCUAUCAACUAUAACUGAGAAGGGUCUCGUACAUGUUGUGGAUGUACUGUAAAAGUUGUUCUGUCAGUAUCCCUGUCCCAAGACCAGUUCACUUGUGGCCCUCCCCUGACCCUGUUUUGAUAUAUUCAUCCAACACAUUUUACACAUGAGGUUAUCACGGAAAGGACAUUGAUGUUUUUUUAUUAAUGGAAUAGAAUAGAAUACUUUUUUGAUCCCGUGAGGGAAAUUCGUUGCUCUGCAUUUAACCCAAUUUAACCGAAUUAGUUAACACACACAGCACAUACACAGUGAGGUGAAUCACACACUAACCCAGAGCAGUGAGCUGCCUGCCCAACCAGCAGCGCUCGGGGAGCAGUGAGGGGUUAGGUGCCUUGCUCAAGGGUACUUCAGCCGUGGUGGACUGGUCGGGGAUCGAACCGGCAACCCUCCGGUUACAAGCCCGAAGCGCUAAUCAGUACACUACGGCUGCCCAUAAGGACAAUGGUGGAAUGGAAAGGACAUUGGUGCUUUUUUAUUAAU